ACGUUGGACACUUUGCUUAUCCAGGAGCAUUAACAAUAUGUCUAUAUCUUCAAAGGCAUCCGCGGGGCAUUUCACCAUCCUAUAUUUUGCCUCCGCAAGCUCCUAUACGUCGAAGGAUUCGGAGAUCUUGCAGGCCCCUCUUCCGCUGUCGAAGUUAUUCGAGACACUCGAGGAACGAUAUCCUGGAAUAAAAGCUAAGGUAUUGGAGAGCUGUCUAGUCACAGUAAAUCUGGAGUAUGUUGAUGUGACCGGAGAAAGCGCUGGAGACCAAACCAUAAUCCAGGAAGGUGACGAGGUUGCAAUCAUCCCCCCUGUGAGCUCCGGUUGAGCAACAUAUCGAGACUAUGCCUAUUCUAAGGCAUAAGUUUGUUCUGGACCUUCUCACUUGAAUUAUUAUCAGCCAGGGGACCUGAAGGUUUGAAAAACAUGUAUUAGCGGGGUUUCGUCUACAGUGCCGGUUCUGGAGUUAUUGCUGGGAUAAUGCUGGGACUGAUUACA